AUGAAGAGGCUCCUUCUAUUUCUAUUAUCAUGCCAUCUGCUUCCGUUCAACAGUGCUUCAGCAAAGACUGUGGAAAUGGGGAAAAUUAACAUUCAUCUGAAUUCCGAAACGAUGAACAACAACGACGCCGACUUAUUUGAGGAUAUGCUCUCGAUCACCACCAAAUACCUCAUCGACUACUUUAAUGCCUACUAUCAAAUUGAUAGUCGCUAUUUCAAAUCAGUGACACUAAGACUGCGUCCCUUUGACAUUCAAACCGAAUCCGACGAUACCAAAACAGCACACUUGGAGUUUGCUGGUAUUUUGUUGUUUUCCGUUGAGCCCACCCCUCCGACAACACAAGUGGAAAAGCUGGUAGAAAAUGCUUUUGCUGGCCGCAAUCUUGGCAAGUUCCUCGAGGCACUCUUGAGAUCAAACAAUGACUUCUUGAAAUCUCUUCAGAACAUUGAAAUUGCGGUUCGGGACAACGUACUGGUACAAGAUUUGAGUUCUGAAGAGGAGCCCGCGGAGAGUGCCAACGACGCCAACGACGUCAACAACGAUGAACUUUUGACUGGAUGGAUGGCUAUCAUGGUGUAUGGUGUGGCCAUUGUAACCGGUAUCAUCCUUGCCAUUAUAUGUGUAGUUGCAUGUCGUUGUUGCUGGUGUUACAGUUCGAGGAAAGCGAGUCAUGUGAGCCCUCAGUCGAUAGAUGUCUCCAAUAAAUCCAAUCGAAAAAUACAAAAGCAGACGAAGAAGCAAAAGAAGAAAAAUCAAAAGAUGAAGAAGCAAGAAAAGAGAGACGAGAUGGAAAAGCUACAGCUUAGCUUGUUCAAUGACCACCCGCCGUCACCGGACAAGUCUGAGUAUUCCUACAACAACAACGAUAUGUCUAUGAUUUCUACUGAUUCAGGUGCCAUGUCAUUAAUGUCCAAAGCCAGUCUGGGACUUUCGAACUACAACAAAACCACGGAGACUUCAUUUUCCACACCAACAGGCCGCAAGAAUCCCCGUCGCAGUAGUAGUGCAUCUGUUCCAUAUGGUCAGGACGUCUCCUUGCUAGACGAUGUCCAACUGAAUGGUUUGGGACAAAUCGAAGAAGACGAUGAAUCAGUGCACUCCAUUCCGUCGCGCUCGUCACUUCAAGCGAAGAAGGUGCAUCCAGAUUCUGGCUUGGAGAUUCGCAAGGGAAAGAAUAAGGCCCGACCCGAAAGCAAACUACGUCAACCAUCCCCAAGAUUCCAGUUCGGAAACAGGAACGAGCGAUACAGCGGAAUCGCUGACCCUGACGACUACCUCACUGAAUCUCACACUGGAUCCACCAGCCCUACUAGCAGUGCCAGUAGUGGCGAGCUUGAUUUUCGUGCGGGCCCAGUUGAUAUGGAUUUAGAUGACUUGUCCUUUCAAAUCAAGUCUUCGAAGGGCAGCAAUCAUCAACGGGCACUCAUAUAG